UAAACGAUGACUUUAGGAUUUUAUUUUCGAAAUUUCAAGUUACCCGAGUCACCAUUUUGCUACAAACAUUUUUAUUUUUGUUCCGAACGGAGUGAAUAGAUUAACAACAUGGCGUUACUACUAAAACGUGGAUACGAAACGUACUUUUAUUGUAUUCAAGAAUUAGCUGAUCCAAGAGCAGAGGAAUACUUCAUGCUAAGGUCUCCUAUCCCAACCUUAAUUAUCCUUUUUUUCUGGUUUAAAUUUGUAUUCAAAUGGGGACCAGAUUAUAUGAAAGACAGAAAACCUAUGGAACUAAAGAAAGUAAUGAUGGUAUAUAAUGUUAUACAAGUGUUUAUAAACGGAAUGAUCGUAUAUUAUACUUUUCGUUCUAAGCACUUGGUGAACUUCAAGUGCAUGCCUAUUGAUUAUUCUGAUAGUUAUUGGGGUCAGAAAUUUUUAUAUCUAUCUCACAUGUACUACCUGCUUAAAAUAGCUGAUCUUCUUGACACGGUUUUCUUCAUUUUAAGAAAAAAAUCUGGCCAUGUUAGUUUUUUGCACACAUACCAUCACUUUAUGAUGGUAUUAGCUGGUUGGGUUGGUGCUAAGUUCUUACCUGGUGGCCAUUCCUACUUUUUAGGUUUAGCAAACUGCACAGUACAUACAAUCUUGUACAGCUAUUACCUUUUAACCGCCUAUGACAGCAAAUAUAGUAAACUUUUAUGGUUGAAGAAAUUCAUCACGCAAGCUCAACUGCUUCAAUUUGUAUUCCUCCUUUUUGCCUUUGGCAGCCUAUUGUUCUCAACUGACUGCUCAUAUCCGAAAGGAAUUAAUUUAUUCUUUGUACCCCAAAAUACUUUCAUGAUCGUCUUGUUCAGUGACUUUUACAUCAGAAAUUAUUAUUUGGAACCCAAGAGAAGAAGGAAACUGGCAGAACAGGCUAGAUUUGGAAACGAACAAGCUAAGCUUGAAAAUGAUUCAUGAUUUAAAAAAAAAACAAUUUUUUCAAGAAGCCCCCCCAACACAGACUGAAUGGUAACAAUUUUUGAAACACAGAACUUUAUAGUUGCAAAGUUCUCUUGUAUUUUGUAACUAAAUAUAAUUAUUUAUUUUGAAUAAAUUUUUAUUAAUCGUUA